AUGGCGAGCGGUAAACUGUGCCUGUCGCCGCGCGGCGACGAGCUCGUCCAGAGUGUGAGUCUGCACAACCCGCGCAAGCUCCUCUUCAACGGCUACGUGCUGCCGUUCGUCCUGACCGAGCUCGUCUGGAUCUACGCCUGGAUCUUCGUCUACGGGCUGCACGACUACUACGAGCCCGGCCUCGUCGGUAUCGCCGUCAUCGGUGUACUCCAGAUCUUCGUCUGCCUCUGCUGUCAGUGGUCCGUGCACGUGCACACCUUCCUCAACUGCAGUUCCGCCAGCGAUCCUUACAGGGCAUCCAUCGCCAAAGUGGUCCCAACUCCCAACAAUGGCAGUACCGAGCUGGUCAAGUUGCACCAAAACAAGAGUCAGGAGCCCUGGUUCAUCUUUCAGAAGACCAAGUACGUCUGGGAUCCUUCGACCAAAGAGUUUCGGGGACUUGAAUUUCCUGUCAGUUAUUCCGUCAAACAUUACAGUCAAUGGAAGGGCUAUGCUGAUGACAAUGAAAUCAAAGAAGCCGAAGAGAAAUAUGGCCAGAAUAACCUGGACAUGGUGGUGCCAGAAUUUUGGGAGCUCUUCAAAGAACGAGCCAUUGCGCCAUUCUUUGUAUUCCAAGUCUUUUGUAUGGCUCUGUGGUGUUUAGAUCGAUACUGGUAUUACAGUUUUUUUACACUUUUUAUGCUGGUCAUGUUCGAAUGUACAUUGGUACAGCAGCAGCUUAGAAAUAUGGCUGAAAUAAGGAAAAUGGGAAGCAGGCCAUACAUGAUAAUGGUUUAUAGAAAUCGACGCUGGAGAUUAAUAUUUACUGACCAACUUGUUCCUGGUGAUAUUGUUUCAAUAACAAGAUCUCAAAAUGACAAUCUUGUGCCGUGUGAUAUGCUUCUCUUACGAGGACCUUGCGUUGUAGAUGAAAGCAUGCUAACAGGAGAAUCUGUUCCUCAGAUGAAAGAACCUAUUGAGGAUCUUGAUGGAAGUAGGAUUAUCAAUAUUGAAGAGGAUGACAAGCUUCAUGUGUUAUACGGAGGUACAAAAGUAGUUCAACAUACACCGCCAUCGAAGAACUCUGCUGGUUUAAGAGCAACAGACAAUGGCUGUGUGGCAUAUGUAUUAAGAACUGGAUUCUCUACAUCUCAGGGAAAACUUUUGAGAACUAUUCUCUUUGGCGUGAAACGUGUAACAGCUAAUAAUUUAGAAACUUUCGGGUUUAUUUUGUUCCUCCUUAUCUUUGCCAUUGCUGCUGCAGCAUAUGUCUGGGUCAAAGGAAGCGAAGAUCCCGAAAGGAAUAAGUACAAAUUAUUCCUGGAGUGUACAUUAAUUUUAACAUCUGUUGUGCCACCAGAGUUGCCAAUAGAGUUAUCAUUAGCAGUAAAUACUUCUCUUUUAGCGUUAUCUAAAUUAGGUGUUUACUGCACGGAACCAUUUAGGAUUCCUUUUGCAGGAAAAGUUGAGAUUUGUUGUUUCGAUAAGACUGGCACCUUAACUAGUGAUAAUUUAGUCGUCGAAGGCGUAGCGGGAGUUAAUGGUAACUCUGAAGUAGUUCAAAUAUCAGAUGCACCUAUGGAAAGUGUUCAAGUAUUGGCAACUUGUCAUUCUUUGGUGCAAUUAGAUAAUAGUAUUGUAGGAGAUCCUCUGGAGAAAGCAACAUUGAAAGCAGUUAAUUGGAACCUCACCAAAGGUGAAGCUGUCAUUCCCGUGAAAGGAAAAUCACCAGGUCUGAAGAUUUUCCAAAGACAUCAUUUUUCAUCUUCCUUGAAGAGAAUGUGUGUUGUUGCUGGAUAUACAUCUGGCACAUCAUCAGAUGCCACCUAUAUCAUUACCGUGAAAGGUGCCCCAGAAACACUUAAAAAGAUGUACUCUUCAGUGCCGGAUAAUUACGAUGAUAUAUAUUUAUCAUUAUCUCGACGAGGUGCGCGGGUUCUCGCAUUAGGUUACCGAAAACUUCCUAGUUCAACGACACUUUCAGAUUUACGCAACUAUUCUCGCGAUGAUCUGGAAAGUGAACUUACUUUCGUUGGAUUCGUCAUCAUUAGCUGCCCUCUGAAAGCAGAUUCUAAGAGCGUCAUAAAAGAAAUUUUAAAUGCCUCCCACUCGGUCGUUAUGAUUACUGGCGAUAAUCCGCUCACAGCUUGCCACGUUGCACGUGAAUUACACUUCACAAAGAAGCCAGUCACAUUAAUUUUGACGAGUUUAAAAAAUGCAUCCUGGUGUUGGGAAAGCGUCGAUGGUAAAAUUCAAUUGCCCAUUGAAGACGAUUCAGAGAAGACCAAUGUUUGGGAACAAUACGCUUUAUGCAUAACGGGAGAGGGCUUGACUUAUCUUAAAGACUCUAAAAAGGAUUACCUCUACAAGCUUUUGCCACAUGUUGUUGUUUUCGCUCGUUGCGCACCAAAGCAAAAGGAAUACAUCAUUACCAUGCUGCAAGAAAUAGGAUUUACUACGCUUAUGUGUGGCGAUGGAACUAACGACGUAGGAGCACUCAAGCAUGCUCAAGUUGGAGUUGCCAUACUGUCCAGUCCACCAAAACGUGAAAAUACGCCAAAAUCAACGCCUGUGGCAGGCGAUGCACCGCCACCUGCGAUUAAUGGUCCAAGAUUAAAUCCUCGACAGCAACAACUGAAUAAUACUAAGAGCAAGAUUGAAAAACUAAUGAAAGAUCUGGAAGAACAAGAGCAGUCUGUUGUUGUAAAGCUCGGAGAUGCAUCCAUUGCUGCUCCGUUUACGAGCAGAUUUUCAUCAAUUCAAUGCAUUUGUCAUGUAAUAAAACAAGGCCGUUGUACACUUGUAACUACACUUCAGAUGUUUAAAAUUUUGGCCUUGAACGCUUUAAUUUUAGCGUACAGUCAAUCAGUUCUUUAUUUGGAUGGAAUCAAGUUGAGCGAUGCACAGGCUACCCUUCAAGGAGUGUUGCUUGCUAUUUGCUUUUUAUUCAUAUCUCGUUCUAAACCGUUAAAGACCUUAUCAAAACAACGACCAUUGCCAAACAUUUUCAACCUGUACACCAUUUUAACGGUACUGCUCCAAUUUGCGGUCCACUUUUGCUGCCUAGUCUAUCUUGUCAGAGAAGCUGCGAUUCGUUCACCCAAGGAUGACAAGUUAUCAACAAUUUUAGGAACAAAUACAAAUUCGACAGCUACUUCUAGCACGGAUGAGAAAGAAGAACCAUUCGAAAUGAAUUUGAUAAACAGUACCGUUUAUAUUGUAUCUAUGACUCUGCAGGUGUCGACAUUUGCUGUCAACUAUAGAGGUCAGCCAUUCAUGGAGGGUCUAAUAGAAAAUAAGCUACUUAUGUACAGCCUGCUAGGUAGUACUGCAGCUAUUUUUGCAUUAGCUCUUGGGAUAGUACCUGACAUUGCCUUGCAGUUUGAAAUUGUCGACUUCCCGAGUGAUUUCCGAAAAAUUCUUGUCCUAGGACUAGUCGCUAACUUCGUGCUGGCAUUUUUGGUGGAUAGGGUAUGUCGAUGGUUAUUUGGCGAAGGAAAAUAUCGUAAACUGUGAUGAAACAAUCAUUGACGCAUUUAAGAAUAGAAGUGUGUUUUGUAUUCAGUAUAAGUGCAAAUACGUUUUAUGACGGUUGUCUUGCAUAGGUAGUUACCAAAUGGUGUCAUAACACCGGUGCGUACAAGUGAUCUAAUGUGCCGACAUAUUUGUUGAAGAAAUUUGUUUUGUGUCAAAGCAAUAGUGUAGGAAUGUAUGCCCAUUUCGUUUACGAGUGAAUCUUUAUUCAAAAUUGUACAAUCCACCUAACAUAAUCAAGUUUCUUUAUUUGUUUCAACACUUCACAUGUAAUAUGGUGAUUAGAGUCGACAAACAGACAUGUCUACGAACUUGAAAUGGCAAUUUUUCUUUAAAAACGUCACGUGUUCAAAUAAUAUCUAUAUGAAAAUUUUGUGUUAAAUUAUCGAAACACAGUUCAAUUGUGUACCUUGUUCAUUAUUUUACAUUAAAUACGGCAAGAGUAUGUGAACGAAUGAUCAUUGUGUGAGACAUUUAUGCACUUUAUCUAUGUUUCACAACUGCGUGUAUCUUUUUCAUUAUAUUCACUGAUAAACUUUGACUCUUUAUUUCGUUAAAAACCUGUUAGUUGAUGUCACAGUGCAUACCAUACCAUAAGUGUAAAUAUCGUCCUCACUACUUUUCUUCAAAUUUUGUCUGCGUCAAGAAUGAAAAAAAUUGUCUAUUUUCGAAUGGAAUCAAUCGAUGUAUAAGUUCAUUUAAUAAUAAUAUGAAAUAACGUAUUCUAGUUUGCAUUUUUCAUAGUUUGUAAGACAAUUUAUAAAUAAAUAUUUGCGAUGAGAUCUAUGUAUUAUAUAUUACAUAAAAAUAAUCUGCACGAUUGAAAGAAAAUGUCGCGAGAGAUGUACCGCGAAAGACUCAUUACACAAAGUUUAAUUGUAAGCUACUGUACUGUACGUAUACGCACUUUUGAGCUGUAUCGGACAUGUGAGAAAUACUUUUUGAAUACUAUAUACUUAUAUAAAUGUAUGGUACAUAGAGCAAACGAUGAGUUUUUCAACUUGAUUUAAAAGAAUAAAACUGAU